AUGGUUAAUUUAUCUUCUUCGAAAUUUCAUAUUACAGAGCCUGCUGAUGAAGAUAUACAGCUGACACUGGUCAACGGGAAUCAAAAGGGACACGAAGAUUCGUGCAAUCGAAGCAGUACACCAAAAUUUGGGUCAAUAUCGAGAUUUUUUUUCAAUAAGGAGCAAUCGGUAUCGUCAGAUGUAUCCAACGCCGAUUCGACGGUUAGCUCGAAUACGGACAGCUUAAAUCAUAAUCAUGGGUCCAAAAGUGGUGUAACUAACAGCGAAGCAAGAGAGGAUGAGCAUGACGAUGCGAAACAGCAGCCUGGAUUGAGCAAAUUGAAAAGUUUCUUGAGGCUUUCCUCGAAUUCGCUUCUAUUGUCGAAUAAUGGUCCGAAUGAUAAUGGGGAACAGAAUGGUCCGAAAGGAACGGAUGUCAUAACGCCAAAUGCCGAGUCAGUCACCCCAGUACGCAGCAAUGAAGAGAAGACUAAGUUGAAGCACGAGAGCGAUAGAAACGAGGAAGGCCACAAUGGAAAUAAAGAUGGCUCCAAUGUAUCGACGAAGCAAGAGGCCAGUGCCGGUAUGAUGAAAAAGUUCAUGCUUGGAAGAAAGAGAUCAGUUUCGAGUCCAACCAGUCCUGCGACCGGCAAUAGGAAACCGCAACAGAGUAACCUACUGAUUAAUACAGAGAGCCCAAAGGAUAUCCCAGAAAUCAUUACUGAGAAUACUGAAAGCCCUGUUAUCUCCUCUAAUCUUUAUUUUGCCCAUCAGGGUUUACCGCCUCAUAUGAAUAACCAUAAUAAGAAUAAUCAUACUCUUGCUGCAAGUGCAGCCAAUGAAGAUGAUAUUUCCGUUGCUUUAAGGCAUAACGAUUCGGUAUUCUCGCUUAAUGAUGGCGGUCCUUUAAAGCCUCCCAAUGUAUAUCAAUCAAAGUUAUCUGCAAGUGAUGAAUCAGGCUCUGAGCAUGAGCCAAUACCAGAGCAUACUACCGAAUCGGGACUCAAGACACCAGAGGAAAGCACUUUGCAGAAUAAGAACAAGUUGGAGGUUCCUCCACAUACGUUACCGCAUCCUGGACAAGCUAGUCCUUUCCAAAAGACUUUAAGAAGAGUUGCAUCCGCACCAUUAGUUCAUAGAUUACUCAAUGAUUCAAACACGAGAUUGCCACAAACGAGAGCUUAUGUUUCAAAUGACGAUGACUUUGAUAUCACUGAGCAUAUUGGUGAAUUAAAGAGUGGUAGACCACGGACUUUAAGUAGGGGUAGAAUGUACUCAAGUGCUUCUACCAAGAUCAUGGACGCCCAGGUUAAUCAAAACAGUUUUAAGAAGAUUAGAUUAUUGGGUAAAGGUGACGUUGGUAAAGUUUAUUUGGUUAAAGAGAAUUUGUCAAAUAGAUUGUACGCAAUGAAAAUCUUAUCUAAAAAGGAAAUGAUCGAAAGAAACAAAAUCAAGAGAGCAUUAGCCGAGCAAGAUAUCUUAGCUACCAGUAACCACCCAUUCAUUGUUACCCUAUAUCACUCAUUUCAAUCAAAUGAUUACUUGUAUUUAUGCAUGGAAUAUUGUAUGGGUGGUGAAUUUUUUAGAGCCUUACAAACAAGGGAAACCAAAACGAUUUCUGAAACUGAUGCUAAGUUUUAUGCGGCUGAGGUAACAGCUGCAUUAGAAUAUUUACAUUUAAUGGGAUUUAUUUAUAGAGAUUUAAAACCUGAAAACAUUUUAUUGCAUCAAUCAGGGCAUAUUAUGUUGAGUGAUUUCGAUUUAUCGAAACAAUCUGAAAGUACAAAGAAUCCAGAGAUUUUUUUCAGUAAAACAUCUCACGGCUUAAGUUCCAGCAAUAAUCACAAUGGACCAACGUUAGACACCAAGGCGUGCAUUGAUGGAUUUAGAACUAAUUCGUUUGUCGGUACUGAAGAGUACAUUGCACCUGAAGUUAUCCGAGGCAAAGGUCAUACAAGUGCAGUUGAUUGGUGGACUUUGGGUAUUUUCAUUUAUGAAAUGUUAUUUGGUACUACUCCAUUUAAGGGAAGAGACCGAAAGAAGACGUUCGGCAAUGUUUUGAAAAAGGAGGUUAAGUUUUUGGAAACUCGCUCAAUUUCGUCUAGUUGUAAAAGUUUAAUCAAAAAAUUAUUGAUAAAAGAUGAAGCAAAGAGAUUGGGUUCAAAAACAGGUGCAUCCGACAUUAAGAAUCAUGCGUUCUUUAAGAAUACGCAAUGGGCUCUAUUAAGGCACCAAAAGCCUCCAAUGAUCCCUGUUUUAAGCAAGAAUAAGAGAGCAGAUAAAGUUGAGAGGUAUGACAGUGAAGAAGAUCAAAUCACGGACAGCACUACAGAUGUUUCUGAAAAUAAGGAUAUUCUUAAUGACCCUUUUGCUAACUUCAGUUCUGUCACAUUACAUUAUAAUGAACUAGAUUCAGGUGAUGAUCAAAUGGUAUACAAUGAAGCAGACAACACGGUAUAUACAAGUGUUGCAUAUACCAUGACUAACGAUUCUUCACCAAAACCUAAACAUUUUUUAAAAAGAUAA